AUGAUAAAGUAUAGAAUUGAACGCCAUCAAACAGAAUCGAUCUCAUGGAAAUGUGGGGAAUAUGGUUGUCCUGGUCGUCUUAACAGUCUUAAAGAUUAUACAAAACCAGAUUUGAAAACUUCACAUUCGCACGGUCCAGAUCCAGAAAGACUUGCUGUUGAAAAAGUUGUUGUUGAUAUGAGAAAAAGAUGUGGGCGUCAACUUCCAUACGCUGCUUUUCAAGCAUCUAGUCAAGUUGUUACUGAUCCACAAAUAGCAGCUGCAAUACCCAGUUUUGAAAGUCUUAGGUCUACAUUAUAUCGACAUAAAGGAAAUAAAAAUGAACCAUCGACACCAACAUCGUUGCGAAAUCUUUGUAUUCCGGAUAAAUAUGGAAAAUUGUGUACAGGAGAAAAUUUCUUACAAAUUCAAAGUUCAGGUCAGAGAAAACCUUUCGAUUUCUUAUUCUUAAACGCUUUAAUUUCCUGUUCAGGAUAUGUGGUACUCGCGACAGA